AUGUAUGUCGUUAUGAAGUGUCUUUGUAAAGAUAUCUCACCCGAUAGCACUGAUGAUUAUGCCAGUAUGGCUGCUUCUACUAUUUACUAUUAUAUUAAGAAGUUUAGUGAUGCAAUUAUGUUUGGGUUUAAUGCGGAAUACAUGAGACGUCCCACUGUGAAUGAUAUCAAGUGGGAGGAACACGCAGAUAGAGGAUUUCCAGGAAUGCUUGGUAGCCUGGACUGUAUGCAUUGGGGUUGGAGGGUGUGUCCGAUGGACGAGGCGGGAACACACACAUGCCACAAAAGUUAUCCCACCUGUGUUCUUGAGGCGGUUGCUUCACACGAUAGGUGGUUUUGGCAUGUGUAUUUUAGAGUGGGUGGAUCAAGCAAUGAUAUUAAUGUUUUGAAGUCCUCUAAUUUGUUUGAUGAAAAUCUCAAUGGUAUUGCACCACCUUGUCAUUUUACUAUCAAUAGGAACCAGUCCACGCAGGGGUAUUAUUUAGUGGAUGAAAUUUAUAAGAGUCACUAUGUGUUAGUCCAAGAUUACGGUGCACCCAGUGGUAUUCCAAUUCUCGAAUUAUUUAACAAAUAUCAAAUGGCUAAGAGGAAAGAUGCGGAACGAGCAUUUGAGACACUGCAAAAGGAUGAACAUCGUGACCCGGAGUGGAAAUAUGUGCCAGACCCACCUCAUGCACCUAUAGUCGGAAACUUGAGGCAGACAAGCGAGUCAUUACAAAACCAAAUUCUUCAGGAGAGACUUCGUACGGAUCUUGCACCUCAUAUAUGGGAACGACAUGGUCAAGGUCUAAGGGAUGGUGAAAUGCCGGGAGAUGUGAUAGACAACGAGCUGGAUUCGGGAGAAGACACGGACGAGGUUGAUAUUGAUCAAGACCAUUACGACCCAGGAAAAGUUUUUUUGGGCUCCGAUUCAGAAUGA